CCAUAAAAUUGUGAACAUAACCCCAAGACGAAAACAAACGUUCUACAUUUGUGUAAAAAAUUAGCUCUUCUAAAAUUUUGUAAUUAUUUAUGUAAAAAUUAUUAAAUAAACCAUUAUAAUAAUGGCAAGUGGUAUUCAGAGUACGGCUGGAGCCGUUCCAGUGCGAAAUGAGAAAGGACAAAUGUCCAUGCAAAAAGUAAAAGUGCAUAGAUAUGUUUCUGGUAAACGGCCUGAUUAUGCCCAAGACUACAGAUCAGAUUCGGAUUCCGAUAAUGACGACUUUUUGGAGAAAAGAAAUCAAGCUAAGAUUCAGCCUCCAUCACCUGCACCAGAAUACAGUGAUGAUGAAGACCUUAACGAUCCUAGAUUGAGAAGGCUUAGAAUCAGGGAGAUAGAUACUGAAGUACGUCCGGAAAGGCGUCGGCAUAUUAUGGAACCAGAAGUUCUUGAGGAGAGUGAAGAGGAAGAACCAGAAAGUGUUCAAUUGCCAGAGCCAAAACAUACUUUGGAAGCUCCUGAUGAUGAUGAAUCAGAAGCGGAGCUUAGCGAUGGUGAAAUCGAGCGUAAACGUGAACUUUUAAAGAAGAAAAUGUUGAUAAAACAAGAAGAACAUGAAAUUAUGGCAAAGGAAGAGGAAAAGUCUUGCACAGAAUCCUCAGAUAGUUCAGAAUAUGAAGAAUACACUGAUUCAGAGGAAGAAACAGGCCCUAGAUUGAAACCUGUGUUUGUUCGAAAGCGCGACAGGAUUACUGUUAUUGAGAAAGAAAAGCAAGAGUUGAAAGAAAAACAACUGGAACUUGAAGCACAGAAACAAGCGGACGAUCGACGGAGACAAACUGUGAAGAUGGUGGAGGAUAGCAUCAGAAAGGAACAGCAAUUAAAAGAGAAAGAAUCGCAUGAGCCGAGUAUUGACGAUGUUUCAACUGAUGAUGAUAAUGAUGAAAUCGAGUACGAAGCGUGGAAACUUCGAGAAUUAAAACGGAUUAAACGUGAUCGAGAAGAACGUGAAGCAGUCGAGAAAGAAAAAUUAGACAUGGAAAGACUUCGUAAUAUGACCGAAGAAGAGCGUAGAUUGGAAUUACGUUUGAAUCCGAAACAAGUCACCAACAAAGCGGUGAAAGGCAAAUACAAAUUCCUACAGAAAUAUUAUCACCGCGGCGCGUUCUACCUCAACGAAGAUGACGACGUUUAUAAACGUGACUUUUCACAAGCAACGCUUGACGAUCAUUUCGACAAAACCAUCCUUCCGAAAGUGAUGCAGGUGAAAAACUUUGGCAGAUCUGGCCGGACGAAAUACACACAUUUGGUUGAUCAAGACACGACGCAGUUUGAUUCGCCAUGGACGAAUGAAACUCCGCAAAACAUCAAGUUUCAUUCGUCUCAGGCUGGUGGCAGCAGGCAGGUAUUCGAACGACCGUCGAAAAAGCGCAAGAAUUCAGCGAGCUAACGGACUAAUGAAGGUUAGUUAAAAUUAUAAUUCAUGAAAAAUAUAACAAUCGUAUAGAACUUGACGCGUGCAAACUUAAUAUAGUACAUAAAUCUAAUGAAAUUAA